AUGCCAGCCCGCGCCCCUUCUCGCCGCCUGCGGCGGCUGCUGCUGCUCCGUCUGCUGUCGCUGCAUUUGCUGCUGCUCGCCCUGCGCGCCCGUUGCCUGAGCGCUGAGCCGGGUCAGGGCGCGCAGACCUGGGCUCGCUUUGCGCGCCCUCCCGCCCCUGAGGCCGCCGGCCUUCUCCACGACACCUUCCCCGACGGCUUUCUCUGGGCGGUGGGCAGCGCCGCCUACCAGACCGAGGGCGGCUGGCGACAGCACGGUAAAGGCGCGUCCAUUUGGGACACGUUCACCCAUCACCCCCAGAUCACCCCAGGCGAUUCCCCGAUCGCGGUGGCGCCGUCGGGUGCCCCGUCGCCUCCUCUGCCCUCCACUGGAGAUGUGGCCAGUGACAGUUACAACAACGUCUACCGCGACACGGAGGGGCUACGAGAGCUGGGGGUCACUCACUACCGCUUCUCCAUCUCGUGGGCGCGCGUGCUCCCCAAUGGCACCGCGGGAACCCCCAACCGCGAGGGGCUACGCUACUAUCGGCGGCUGCUGGAGCGGCUGCGGGAGCUGGGCGUGCAGCCGGUGGUCACCCUGUACCACUGGGAUCUGCCGCAGAGCCUGCAGGACGCCUAUGGCGGCUGGGCUAAUAGAGCUCUGGUUGACCACUUCAGGGAUUAUGCCGAGCUCUGCUUUCGCCACUUCGGUGGCCAGGUCAAGUACUGGAUCACCAUUGAUAACCCGUACGUGGUGGCCUGGCACGGGUACGCCACCGGGCGCCUGGCCCCGGGUGUGCGGGGCAGCUCCAGGCUCGGGUACCUGGUUGCGCACAACCUACUUCUGGCUCAUGCCAAAAUCUGGCAUCUCUACAACACCUCCUUCCGCCCCACUCAGGGAGGCCAGGUGUCCAUUGCCUUGAGUUCCCACUGGAUCAGUCCUAGAAGAAUGACCGACCACAACAUCAGAGAGUGCCAGAAGUCUCUCGAUUUUGUGCUAGGCUGGUUUGCCAAACCCAUAUUUAUCGACGGGGACUACCCAGAGAGCAUGAGGAGCAACCUCUCCUCACUUCUGCCUGCUUUUACUGAGUCUGAGAAGAGGUUUGUCAGGGGAACUGCUGACUUUUUUGCUCUUUCCUUUGGACCGACCUUGAGUUUUCAACUACUGGACCCUCACAUGAAGUUCCGACAACUGGAAUCUCCCAGCCUGAGGCAGCUCCUGUCUUGGAUAGAUCUGGAAUAUAACCACCCUCAAAUAUUUAUUGUGGAAAAUGGUUGGUUUGUCUCAGGGACCACCAAAAGAGAUGAUGCAAAAUACAUGUAUUACCUCAAGAAGUUUAUAAUGGAAACCCUAAAAGCCAUCAGGCUGGAUGGGGUCGACGUCAUUGGGUACACUGCCUGGUCCCUCAUGGAUGGUUUCGAGUGGCACAGGGGCUACAGCAUCCGACGUGGACUCUUCUAUGUCGACUUUCUGAGUCAGGACAAGGAGCUGUUGCCGAAGUCUUCGGCCUUGUUCUACCAAAAGCUGAUAGAGAACAAUGGCUUCCCUACUUUACCUGAAAAUCAACCCCUAGAAGGGACAUUUCCCUGUGGCUUUGCUUGGGGAGUUGUUGACAACUACGUUCAAGUGGACACUACUCUUUCUCAGUUUACCGACCCGAACAUCUACCUGUGGGAUGUACAUCGCAGUAAGAGGCUUAUUAAAGUGGAUGGGCUUGUAGCCAAAAAGAGAAAACCCUACUGUGUCGAUUUCUCUGCCAUCCGGCCUCAGAUAGCCUUACUUCGAGAAAUGCACGUCACCCACUUUCGCUUCUCCCUGGACUGGGCACUGAUCCUGCCUCUGGGUAACCAGACCCAAGUGAAUCGUACGGUUCUGCAUUUCUACCGCUGCGUGAUCAGCGAGCUGGUGCACGCCAACAUCACUCCGGUGGUGGCCCUGUGGCAACCAGCAGCCCAGCACCAAGGCCUGCCGCAUGCACUGGCCAAACACGGGGCCUGGGAGAACCCACACACGGCCCUGGCAUUUGCAGACUAUGCGAACCUGUGCUUUACAGAGCUGGGCCACAGGGUCAAAUUCUGGAUUACCGUAAACGAACCCAAUACACGGAACAUGACUUACCGUGCCGGCCAUCACCUCCUGAAAGCGCAUGCCUUGGCUUGGCGCCUGUACGACGAGAAGUUUAGGGCGGCUCAGAAAGGCAAAAUAUCCAUUGCCUUGCAGGCUGACUGGAUAGAACCGGCCUGCCCUUUCUCUCAAAAGGACAAAGAAGUGGCCGAGAGAGUUUUGGAAUUUGAUAUUGGCUGGCUGGCAGAGCCUAUUUUUGGCUCGGGAGAUUAUCCACGUGUGAUGAGAGACUGGUUGAACCAAAAAAACAAUUUCCUUUUGCCGUAUUUCACUGAAGACGAGGCAAAGCUAAUCAGGGGUUCCUUUGACUUCCUGGCGUUGAGCCAUUACACCACCAUCCUCGUGGACUGGGAAAGGGAGGAUCCCAUAAAAUACAACGAUUACCUGGAGGUACAGGAGAUGACUGACAUCACGUGGCUCAACUCUCCCAGUCAGGUGGCUGUGGUGCCUUGGGGGCUGCGCAAGGUGCUCAGCUGGCUGAGGUUCAAGUAUGGAGACCUCCCCAUGUAUGUGACAGCCAAUGGCAUAGAUGAUGAUCCCCACGCCGAGCAGGACGCGCUGAGGAUGUACUAUGUUGAGAACUACGUGAACGAGGCCCUGAAAGCCUACGUGUUGGAUGGAAUCAACCUUUGUGGCUACUUUGCUUAUUCGCUUAGUGAUCGCUCAGCUCCGAAGUUUGGCUUUUAUCGUUACGCUGCGAAUCAGUUCGAGCCCAAACCAUCUCUGAGACAUUAUAGGAAAAUUAUCGACGACAAUGGCUUCCUGGGUUCCGAAACGCAGGGAAGGUUUUGUCCCGAGGAGUACGCCCUGUGCGCCGAGUGCAGCUUUUUUCACACCCGGAAGUCUUUACUCGUCUUCAUUGCGUUUCUGGUCUUUGCUUUUAUUAUUUCUCUCGCUCUUAUUUUUUACUACUCCAAGAAAGGCAGGAGAAAUUAUAUCUAG